CCUAUAGUAUAAAAUGCUGUGUGCGUGUAUAAAAUGACACACUGUCCUGUUACUGUUCAACGCCAAAAUGAGGAAUUCUUUUGGUCUUUCAGACAGGGCUAUGCAGACUCGGACUCAGUGAUGACGGACGUGGAGCCUGUUGUCACCGACUUCGCAGCGACGGGGAGGACAGGUCGGCGGAACGCGCUGCCCGACAUCCUGGGCUCGGCCUCGGGGGCUGGCUCUUCCGACCUCCCGGAGAAGCUUGCCGAGCUCUCAGUCAGCGGUAAGCCACAGCGGCAUCCAUGGGCAUCCAUGGGCACAUGGCAGUGGAGUGCCCUGGAUGGGAUGCCAGGCCAUUGCAGAGCACAUACAGUACAGUAUGGUAGUGACCAAAAUGAUGCUUCCUGAACCAUUUGCUCUCUUUUUUUGUCCCCACUAGAUGGGGCUCUAUGUUCAAAAAGGGGACUCAAAGCAUGCCCAAAAGGAAGCCAAGAGCACCAUCUAGUGGGCUCAAAAAACACUGCAAAUGGUGAUCAUUUUGGCCAAUACUACCGUAUGAGCACCUUGGAGAUGCCAGUUAGCCUAACUGCUUGUCUUUGGGCUGAACGGUGGAAACCUCUACGAUACCUACUGAUUAUAAGGUCAUCAAAGUCGUGGUGAGCUGAGGAGAUCCGUGACUAUUGGCUGAUUCCAGUCAGACUCACCUAAGCUUGGGUCUUUUUAAAGAUAUAACACAGAAGAACUGCCACUUAGACUCGAAAGGAGGCUGCUGAUUGGAUGAGCAAAAUGGCUGCUUCAUCUCAUUGCAUGGACUCUAAAACGGUCUUUUAUUCUGACCCUUUGAAAGCUUUGACGCCAGCAGGGAGUUCCCCUCCCUGCCUACAUUGAAUGUCAUAAGGAUCGAUCGAAAAUGUCAGUUACAAACACUGCUUUGAGAUUCUCUGUGCCGACCCCUUCACUGCUAGACCUGCCUCAGCGUGGCAUCACUGGGUGGCAUCACUGGGUGGCAUCACUGGGCGUAACCAUCGUGAACCUAAAAACAUUAGCUGCCUGGGAACCAAAACAUACUUAAAGACGCCAUGUUGUCUUAACGUUUUAUCUUUUAAGUUCUGUAUUGAGUGUUUUUGUUUGCUAUAAUAUUAUAAAACACUUUGUAUAAUUAUUUAUAACCUGGAGCAUUUUAGACCUGGAAUAAUUUUGAGAAGCAUUACAGUGAUCAAAUGGUAAGUGGACUGUAAAAAUGUAAUCUGUAUCGCAAAUGAAAAGCACAGUUAGGCUGUCAUUCUCAACCUUUGUGUCACAUGCUGGGUUUUCUCAGGUUUU